GGAGCGGGGCUGGGAGCGGGCACCGGAGCUGGGGCCGCGGCGUCCGCGUCUCCUUCACUCCCUGACCUCGGCCCCUUGCAGGGCUGCCGGAAAAUGACUGCUGGGACGGGGCCCGGCCGCGCUUGGGUGCAGGCAGGAAGAGCAGCCCCGGGUAACGCAUCUCCCUCCCUGACAGCAGAGCCCACCAUGCAGGCAGACUCUGUUCUCCACAGUGGUUACUUCCACCCCGUGCUGCGCUCCUGGCAGUGCACGGCCACCACCUUCGAUGCCUCCAACCUCAUCUACCCCAUCUUUGUCACUGACAGCCCUGAUGCCGUGGAGCAAAUUCCCAGCCUUCCUGGACAAGCCAGGUAUGGGGUGAACAAGCUGGAGGCGAUGCUGCGGCCGCUGGUCGAAGACGGCCUCAAGUGUGUGCUCAUCUUUGGGGUGCCCAGCAAGGUGCACAAGGAUGAGAGAGGCUCUGCUGCUGAUGCCGAGGGCACUCCUGCCAUCCAGGCCAUCAGGAAGAUCCACUCCACCUUCCCAGAGCUGCUGAUUGCCUGUGAUGUCUGCCUGUGCCCUUACACCUCACAUGGGCACUGUGGCAUCCUGCGUGAGGAUGGCACCAUCCAGAACGAGCUCAGCUGCCAGCGCCUGGCCGAGGUGGCGCUGGCUUAUGCCAAAGCAGGCUGCCACAUCGUGGCCCCCUCGGACAUGAUGGACGGGCGCAUUGCAGCCAUAAAGCAGGCACUGAUCUCCAACGACCUGGGCAACAAGGUCUCGGUGAUGAGCUACAGUGCCAAGUUUGCUUCGUGCUUCUACGGCCCCUUCAGGGACGCGGCGCUGUCCAAACCGGCCUUUGGGGACCGGCGCUGUUACCAACUGCCCCCGGGCGCCCGCGGGCUGGCCCUGCGCGCUGUGGACCGGGACGUGCGGGAGGGCGCGGACACGCUGAUGGUGAAGCCGGGGAUGCCCUACCUGGACCUCGUGAGGGACGUCAAGGCUCGGCACCCCACGCACCCGCUGGCCGUGUACCACGUCUCGGGGGAGUUCGCCAUGCUGUGGCACGGGGCGCAGGCGGGCGCCUUCAGCCUGGAGGCGGCGGUGCAGGAGGCGAUCACGGCCUUCAGGCGCGCAGGGGCCGACAUCAUCAUCACCUACUUCACACCGCAGCUGCUGCGCUGGCUGCGGGAGGCGGCGGGCCGGCACUGAGCGCGGCCAUUGCGGCUGGGGCGGGAAUUCCGGUAGGGGCGGGUUAUCCGGGAUGGGAGGGAA